AAAAAACAUGAUUCAAGGGAGUUACCGCAUGCGAAACCUGGUUCAAUCCUUACGGGUUGUUUCUUUUCCAUCCAAGCUUGUGAAUUACCGAGGGCACACAUCUCAGGCUGCUGCUGCUCUGCUAAAAGCGACUCAACCACCAGCUUCCAGUGACGAUGGGUACGCUAAUGUGGACUGGGAUAAACUUGGAUUUGGUCUGACACCAACUGAUUACAUGUACGAAAUGAGAUGUUCCAAAGACGAAAAUUUUAAAGAAGGAACACUGAAUCGCUACACCAAUAUCGAAAUAAGCCCUUCCGCUGGCGUCUUAAAUUAUGGACAGGCAAUCUAUCCAGGCUCCAGGGCUUAUACGAAGGUACGAAAGCAAACCGGGCAGAAAAUAAUGUUAAUGCCAUCACCUUCCAUUCAACAAUUUGUCGAUGCAGUAAAAGAAACUGUAUUUGCUAACAAGCGCUGGAUUCCUCCACCAGGAAAUGGGUCACUGUACGUUAGGCCUCUGCUUUUGGGGACUGGUCCUAUUUUAGGUUUGGCCCCGGCCCCGGAGUAUACAUUUAUUGUAUAUGCUUCCCCUGUCCGCAACUAUUUCAAGGAGGGUACUGCACCAUUGAACUUAUAUAUUGAUGAAGAGUUUGUUCGGGCUUCUCCUGGAGGAGCUGGAGGCGUCAAGACAAUCACAAACUAUGCUCCAGUUCUGAAAGCAAUAGCCAGAGCUAAAGAAAGAGGAUUUUCUGAUGUUCUAUACCUUGAUGUCUUGAAUAGGAAGUAUCUGGAGGAGGUCUCGUCUUGUAAUAUUUUCCUUGUGAAGGGCAACCAUAUCUCAACUCCAGCUACAAAUGGCACUAUUCUUGAAGGGGUAACUCGAAAAAGCAUCCUCGGGAUUGCUAGGGAUCAUGGCUACCAGGUUGAAGAACGGGCAAUUCCAGUCGAUGACUUGGUUGAUGCUGAUGAAGUUUUUUGCACUGGAACCGCAGUCGGAGUUGCUCCAGUAGGUAGCAUUACACAUCAGAACAGAAGAAUUGAAUUCAAAACAGAGGGUAGCUUGGUCAGCAAGGAUCUAUACUCAACUCUGGUGGGGCUGCAAACCGGUCGCAUUGAGGAUAAGAAAGGAUGGACAGUCGAGAUCCUUUAGGCUCUUGAAAUUUUGUAUAAUUUGGUGUAAUCAUAUAUCAACA